AUGGAAGCUCCAGCUGCUCAACAAGAUACUACAUGGAGGGUGUAUGUGCAUGAACAUCUGCUCAGGCCAGGAAGCCACCACACUGCUGGAGCAGUAAUUGGACCAGGCAGUUUUACAUGGUCUCAAAGUGCAACUUUCCCAACAGUUCAAAAUAAUGACUACAAUUCCGUCAUUGAGGAAUUUGAUCACCCUGGAUCCCUUGUUAAUGGACUAUCAUUUGGGGGGACAAUGUAUAUGAAUAUACAGCAUCUAGGACCUAAUAUGAUUAGAGCAACUAUAGAUGCGUUGAUAUAUGUGUGGAAUAUCCAACACUGGAAUUGCCAUAUUCAGAAUGGGUGUCCCCCUUCUUGUUGGGUGUUUGAAGAAAAGCCAGAUGAAAGCAGCCAGAUUAUUGCAUACCUGGGAAACCAUGUCAUCAACAAUGCUUAA